AUGAUCACUCAGUCUCCCAAGGUAACUAGAUAUGGGAUAGCUGAAGCCAUAGACCUUCAGCUCCAAGGUAUGGCCUCUUUGGUAGCGUUGUAUCUACCGGUAACAUGUCCGCCGGAGGAUGAGUUAGAUGGUAUUGCAACGGUGGUAGGCAAGCAGGGUGAUUCUCCUAGAGAAGCCUUAGUUAUCAAGGUCCUGGAUAGGAAGUAUAGUUAUAUAGCUCUUUCUCAUAAGUUAAGGGUAGUAUGGCGCAUCAAAGAAGGUUUCAUUCUGCUAAAUGUGGGAUUUGGAUAUUUCCUGGUAAAAUUCGAUGUCGCUGAGGAUUGUGAGAAGGUCAUGCUUGGUGGGCCUUGGUUGAUUGAGGGUCACUACGUGGCGGUAAAACCAUGGGAUGUUGAUUUCCAAUCGAGUGAACAAUCUUUCGAUUCUACGUUAGUUUGGAUUCAGGUCUCUAAUCUCCCAAUCUGGUGUUAUCAGGAGCAGGCAAUGCUACAUAUUGCAGCUAUAAUAGAAGUCCCGGUAAAAGUUGAUUUGGCCACCAAACUGGCAGAGAGGGGGAGAUAUAUCCGUGCUUGUGUUCAAAUAAAUUUAGGAUUGUCGGUGAUCAAGAAUAUCAUAGUUGAGGGUGUCUAUUACAAUGUGGAGUAUGAAAGUCUAACUCUGCUUUGUGAAUUUUGUGCAAGAUAUGCCCAUGAUAAAUCUCAAUGCUUGAGUAGGGUUCCUAUGGAAGAGAAGAGGGUUGACUCUGUUCAGGGGGAGGCACAGGGUUGCGCCAAGUCGGAUUCGGAAAUUCAAAAUUCAGGUGAAACAAAAACUGUUGAUCUGGCCGAUAAUUUAAGCAAGGAUAAUGGCACUAAUUUGGGUGCAAAAUCUGGGGAUGAUUCUGUUCCUAGAAACGGGGCCAAUGGAAAGGAGGCAUGUGGAGAGGGAGAAGCAGGGUGGCAUAAGGUGUUGAAGAAAGAAAAAUUGAAGUUGGGCCACAAUUUAACAAGGAAGGCCCAAGGACCCAAUCAAACUUGUUCUGGGUCGGGUGGCCACCAGAAGGCCAAACCACAGCCUUCACGGGGGUCCAAGAAGCAGGGAGUCCGAGUUGGGCAUACCCAGCAGCAUGCGUCGUCAUCUUCCCAUACGCCAGCAACAAAAGGGCUCUCCAUCAGGAAAUGUCUACAUCCGGUAUCCUUGCAAAACUCGCCGGUUGGAGGCAUGGCGGGGGAGGCACCUGUCCUCGAGAGUCCAGCCAUGAUUCCAAUGGAGAAGGGAGUAGCGUCGCUGCUGGUUCCUGUGAAUGGGGUACGGGAGUAUGGCAUUGUAUCAACGUCUGAAAAGGAGAGGAUGCAGGGAGGUCCAGAGAGCGCUGCGCCGCCGCUGAUCUCUAUGACUGUGGCUCGGGAUAAAUGUGCAUCAUCAAUGAAGAAGAAGGCAGUGGUACAUGGAGGCCCAAGGUGUUCCGUUCCAGGGGACAAGUCUUCUACUGAGAAAAGACUCGGUUACUAUCUUGUUAGUAUAGAGAAGAGGCAGUUGGACAUAAGGGUGGUAUCUGGUUCCUUUCUUCAGUACAAGAUACUUGCUGCAAAUUGUUUGAUGCUUGCGAUUAAUGUGUCAUUAUCGAAGUUCAACUUGAAAAUGUAG